UGAACCACGGACACCAGAGGUUUCAACGUGCCUUUGUCACAGAAAAUUAAACCGCCAGUGCGAGUUUGUUUGAGGCGACCACGCAGUUUAUUUGAUACCAAACACCCUGCAGAGGCGGAGAUGGUUUGGUCUGUAGUAGGUGGGACUGCCGAGCGGUCUGCAGCAGGACGUCGUAGAUCAAUGAACCGGACCGAAGGGUUGGUCCAUCGCCUGGUGUGCAUCUGGCCGUAUGAGUCAGUAUACGCUACCUAUGCAGGACCGAGGCUUUUUUGUACUGUUAAGCAGCCCGUUUAGUAUGUUUUAAACCGACUGGCUAUUUCAUAGGCCCCGUACACCGCUUGGAUUCCGUCUCUAGUGGCUCCUCGUUGCGAUUUUCUUUUUUUGGGAAAUAAAAUAUAUUUGUUUCUCCAGGAUGAUCUUCGCAAACACAGGCAACCCGCUGAAGACAGCCAAUCGUAAACAGUCCUACCCCAUGACUCCGUCCAGUCCCAGCAGCAGCAGCAACAGCAGCAGCACAGGCCUGGAGCAGCUCAGCAAAACCAACCUGUACAUCCGCGGCCUGCCUCCUGCCACUACAGACCUGGACCUGGUCAAACUUUGUCACCAGUAUGGCAAGAUUCAGUCAGCAAAAGCAAUCCUGGACAAGACAACCAACAAAUGUAAAGGUUACGGCUUUGUGGACUUUGACAGCCCUGGGGCGGCUCUAAAGGCGGUACAUGCUCUGAAAACCAGCGGCAUACAGGCCCAGAUGGCCAAGCAACAGGAGCAGGACCCAACUAAUCUAUACAUUUCCAACUUGCCUCUCUCCGUGGAUGAGAAAGAGUUGGAGAACAUGCUGCAGUCCUUCGGCCAGGUCGUCUCCACCCGGAUCCUCCGAGACUACAGCGGUAACAGCAGAGGCGUGGGCUUUGCCAGGAUGGACACAACAGAGCAGUGUCAUGCAGUCAUCUCCCACUUUAAUGGGAAGUUUAUCAAGAUAGCUUCUGGAACUCUGGCUCCCUCUCAGCCCUUGCUGUGUAAGUUUGCAGAUAGUCAAAGGAAGAAACAUUCUCACAGUGGAUAUGUUCCCAAUGGACAUACGGGGGACCUGAGACUAGGUGCAAUGACUCUUACCUAUGACCCCUCCUCUGCGGCUAUGCAGAAUGGGUACUAUCCUUCUCCAUAUCCAAUGAGCAACAGGAUAAUGACAAUGCAGCCUGCGAUGUCUCCUUACAUGUCUCCAGUCUCCGCUUACCAGGUACAGAGUCAUUCUUGGGUGGCACACCAACCAUAUAUCAUGCAACACCCGGGUGCUGUGAUGUCUCCCUCUGUGGAUCCUUCCAUGUCACUGCACCCUUCAGCCAUGAUUACUCAGCAGAUGGGCCAGCUGUCACUGGGAAACAAUGGAGCGUAUAUUUCAGCCAACCCCGGUGUCCAGGGAGCUUACAUGCCUCAGUAUCCUCCCAUGCAGGCAGCAGCUGAAAAUGGCACACCGCAACAAGUGGACUCUUCCAACAACUCGUCUCCCUACAGUCAACUCAGCAAGUAAUCACAGUUUUAGGCUUGAUUCCCGCUCUGUGAGCCUGAGGGCAUGUGGGCAGGUUGCCAAUGACAUCCCAGGGGUAACAGUCAACGCCUUCUCUUAUUGGACCAGAUACAGAUCAACUUUUUUGCACAUCCCCGAUGUUUGUGGUGGAAAAUGAGGACAGUGUAAAUGGACUCAAGCAGUUGGCUAAUCACAGAAAAAAAAAAAAAAAGAUUUAUUUU